UUCCUCUGCUUGCCCCUGAGUGUGCUGCUGGAAGUGGAGCCGGGGAGCAUGAACGUGCAGUCCCGUCGCUGCGGCGGCCGGCCCGGCUCCUCGCCUCCCCCUCUGCUGGUCGCCCCUCGCCGGUGAGAGGAGAGAACGCGAGAAGGGAAGAUGGGGGCCGUCCUGAGGAGCCUCCUGGCCUGCAGCUUCUGUGUGCUCUUGAGAGCUGCGCCUUUGUUGCUUUAUGCAAACAGGCGGGACUUGCGGUUGGUUGAUGCCACAAAUGGCAGAGAGAAUGCUACAAUUGUAGUUGGAGGCUUGGAGGACGCAGCUGCAGUGGACUUUGUGUUUGGUCACGGCUUGAUAUACUGGAGUGAUGUCAGUGAAGAAGCCAUUAAACGAACAGAGUUUAACAAAACUGAGAGUGUGCAGAAUGUCGUCGUUUCCGGAUUGUUGUCCCCUGAUGGGCUGGCAUGUGAUUGGCUCGGAGAAAAAUUAUACUGGACAGACUCUGAAACUAAUCGGAUUGAAGUUUCUAAUUUAGACGGAUCUUUACGAAAAGUUUUGUUUUGGCAAGAGUUGGAUCAGCCCAGAGCUAUUGCCUUAGAUCCUUCAAGUGGGUUCAUGUACUGGACAGACUGGGGAGAGGUGCCAAAGAUAGAACGUGCUGGAAUGGAUGGUUCAAAUCGCUUUGUUAUAGUAAACACUGAAAUUUACUGGCCAAAUGGAUUGACUUUGGAUUAUGAAGAACGAAAACUUUAUUGGGCAGAUGCAAAGCUUAAUUUCAUCCACAAAUCAAAUCUGGAUGGAACAAAUCGGCAGGCAGUAGUUAAAGGUUCUCUUCCACAUCCUUUUGCCUUGACGUUAUUUGAGGACACAUUGUACUGGACUGACUGGAAUACACACUCCAUCUUGGCUUGCAACAAGCACACUGGCGAGGGUCUGCGUGAGAUCCAUUCUAACAUCUUCUCUCCCAUGGAUAUACACGCCUUCAGCCAAAAGCGACAGCCAAAUGCUACUAACCCAUGUGGCAUUGAUAAUGGUGGUUGUUCCCAUUUGUGUUUGAUGUCUCCAGUCAAGCCUUUCUAUCAGUGUGCUUGUCCAACUGGGGUCAAACUCCUGGAGAAUGGAAAAACCUGCAAAGAUGGUGCCACUGAAUUGCUACUUUUAGCCCGAAGGACAGACUUGAGGCGCAUUUCCUUAGAUACACCAGAUUUUACAGACAUUGUCCUCCAGUUAGAAGAUAUCCGCCAUGCCAUUGCCAUAGAUUAUGAUCCUGUGGAAGGCUAUAUCUACUGGACUGAUGAUGAAGUGAAGGCCAUACGCCGCUCUUUCAUCGAUGGAUCUGGUAGUCAAUUCGUGGUCACUGCUCAAAUAACUCAUCCUGAUGGCAUUGCUGUUGACUGGGUUGCAAGAAAUCUUUAUUGGACAGACACUGGCACUGAUCGGAUAGAAGUGACAAGGCUAAAUGGAACCAUGAGGAAGAUCUUGAUUUCAGAGGACUUAGAGGAACCCCGGGCUAUUGUGUUAGAUCCUGUGGUUGGGUACAUGUAUUGGACUGACUGGGGAGAAAUACCAAAAAUUGAGCGAGCAGCUCUGGAUGGUUCAGACCGAGUAGUAUUGGUUAACACUUCUCUUGGUUGGCCAAAUGGUUUAGCCUUGGAUUAUGAUGAAGGCAAAAUAUACUGGGGAGAUGCCAAAACAGACAAAAUUGAGGUUAUGAAUACUGAUGGCACUGGGAGACGAGUGCUGGUAGAAGACAAGAUCCCGCACAUAUUUGGGUUUACUUUGUUGGGGGACUAUGUUUACUGGACUGACUGGCAGCGGCGUAGCAUCGAGAGAGUCCACAAGCGAAGUGCGGAGAGGGAAAUCAUCAUAGAUCAGCUGCCUGACCUCAUGGGCCUGAAGGCCACCAAUGUCCAUCGAAUCAUUGGAACCAACCCUUGUGCUGAGGAGAACGGGGGAUGUAGCCAUCUUUGCCUCUAUAGACCUCAGGGCCUUCGCUGUGCCUGCCCUAUUGGCUUCGAGCUCAUCAGUGACAUGAAGACCUGCAUUGUCCCAGAGGCUUUUCUUCUGUUUUCACGCAGAGCAGAUAUCAGACGAAUUUCUUUGGAAACAAACAAUAAUAAUGUGGCCAUUCCACUCACUGGGGUCAAAGAAGCCUCUGCUUUAGAUUUUGACGUGACAGACAAUCGAAUUUACUGGACUGAUAUAUCGCUCAAGACCAUCAGCAGAGCCUUUAUGAAUGGCAGUGCCUUGGAACACGUAGUGGAAUUUGGCUUAGACUAUCCAGAAGGCAUGGCUGUGGACUGGCUAGGGAAGAACUUGUACUGGGCAGACACUGGAACAAAUCGAAUCGAGGUGUCAAAGUUGGAUGGGCAGCAUCGACAAGUUUUGGUGUGGAAAGACCUGGAUAGCCCCAGAGCUCUAGCACUGGACCCUGCUGAAGGGUUCAUGUAUUGGACUGAAUGGGGUGGAAAACCUAAGAUAGACAGAGCUGCUAUGGAUGGAAGUGAACGCACUACAUUAGUUCCAAACGUGGGGCGUGCAAAUGGCCUAACUAUUGACUAUGCCAAAAGGAGGCUGUACUGGACAGACCUGGAUACCAACUUAAUUGAAUCUUCAAAUAUGCUUGGACUCAACCGUGAAGUUAUAGCAGAUGACUUGCCUCAUCCUUUUGGCUUAACUCAAUACCAAGAUUAUAUCUACUGGACGGACUGGAGCCGACGCAGCAUCGAGCGUGCCAACAAAACCAGUGGCCAAAACCGCACCAUUAUUCAGGGCCAUUUGGAUUAUGUGAUGGACAUCCUCGUUUUUCACUCCUCGCGGCAGGCCGGCUGGAAUGAGUGUGCUUCCAGCAAUGGGCACUGUUCCCAUCUCUGCUUGGCUGUGCCGGUUGGAGGUUUUGUUUGUGGAUGCCCUGCCCACUACUCUCUUAACGCUGACAACAGGACUUGUAGUGCUCCGACCACCUUCCUGCUCUUCAGUCAGAAGAGCGCCAUCAACCGCAUGGUGAUCGAUGAGCAGCAAAGCCCUGACAUCAUCCUGCCCAUCCACAGCCUUCGGAACGUGCGGGCCAUCGACUACGACCCCCUGGACAAGCAGCUCUACUGGAUCGACUCCCGCCAAAACGUGAUCCGAAAGGCACAGGAGGAUGGCAGCCAGGGCUUCACAGUGGUUGUGAGCUCAGUUCCAAAUCAGAACCUAGAAAUACAACCCUAUGAUCUCAGCAUUGAUAUUUACAGCCGCUACAUCUACUGGACUUGUGAGGCUACCAAUGUCAUUAAUGUGACAAGAUUGGAUGGAAGAUCCAUUGGAGUGGUGCUGAAAGGCGAGCAAGACAGACCUCGAGCCAUUGUGGUAAACCCAGAAAAAGGGUAUAUGUAUUUUACCAAUCUUCAGGAAAGGUCUCCAAAAAUUGAACGGGCUGCUUUGGACGGAACAGAACGGGAGGUUCUCUUCUUCAGUGGCUUAAGUAAGCCAAUUGCUCUAGCCCUGGAUAGCAGGUUGGGCAAGCUCUUUUGGGCUGACUCGGAUCUUCGGCGAAUUGAAAGCAGUGAUCUCUCAGGUGCCAACCGGAUAGUAUUAGAGGACUCCAAUAUCUUGCAGCCUGUGGGAUUGACUGUAUUUGAAAACUGGCUCUAUUGGAUUGAUAAACAACAACAAAUGAUUGAAAAAAUCGACAUGACCGGUCGGGAGGGAAGAACCAAAGUUCAGGCUAGAAUCGCCCAGCUCAGUGACAUUCAUGCAGUAAAGGAGCUGAACCUUCAGGAAUACCGACAGCACCCUUGUGCACAGGAUAAUGGUGGUUGUUCACAUAUUUGUCUUGUAAAAGGGGAUGGUACUACAAGAUGUUCUUGCCCUAUGCACCUGGUUCUGCUUCAGGAUGAGCUCUCGUGUGGAGAGCCCCCAACAUGUUCUCCUCAGCAGUUCACUUGUUUCACUGGGGAAAUUGACUGCAUCCCUGUGGCUUGGCGCUGUGAUGGUUUUACUGAAUGUGAAGAUCACAGUGAUGAACUCAACUGUCCCGUAUGCUCCGAGUCCCAGUUCCAGUGUGCCAGUGGGCAGUGUAUUGAUGGUGCUCUCAGAUGCAAUGGAGAUGCAAACUGCCAGGAUAAAUCCGACGAGAAGAACUGUGAAGUGCUUUGUUUAAUCGAUCAAUUCCGUUGUACCAAUGGCCAGUGCAUUGGGAAACACAAAAAAUGUGAUCAUAAUGUGGACUGCAGUGACAAAUCAGAUGAACUGGAUUGUUAUCCAACAGAAGAGCCAGCACCACAGGCCACCAAUACAGUUGGUUCAGUUGUUGGGGUGAUUGUCACCAUUUUUGUGUCUGGAAUCAUGUACUUCGUCUGCCAGAGGAUGCUGUGUCCGCGAAUGAAGGGGGAUGGGGAAACCAUGACUAAUGACUAUGUGGUGCAUGGACCAGCUUCGGUGCCGCUUGGCUACGUGCCACACCCAAGUUCCUUGUCAGGCUCUCUUCCAGGAAUGUCUCGAGGUAAAUCAAUGAUCAGCUCCCUCAGUAUCAUGGGGGGAAGCAGUGGACCCCCCUAUGAUCGAGCACAUGUGACAGGAGCAUCAUCAAGCAGUUCUUCAAGCACCAAAGGCACUUACUUUCCUGCAAUUUUGAACCCUCCACCAUCCCCAGCCACAGAGCGAUCACAUUAUACUAUGGAAUUUGGUUAUUCUUCCAACAGUCCUUCUACUCAUAGGUCAUACAGCUACAGGCCGUACAGUUACCGGCACUUUGCACCGCCCACCACCCCCUGCAGCACAGACGUUUGCGACAGUGACUAUGCUCCUAGCCGGAGAAUGACCUCAGUGACGACAGCUAAGGGCUACACCAGUGACUUAAACUAUGACUCCGAGCCUGUGCCCCCACCCCCCACACCCCGAAGCCAGUACUUGUCGGCAGAGGAGAACUAUGAGAGCUGCCCUCCCUCCCCGUACACAGAACGGAGCUACUCCCAUCACCUGUACCCGCCGCCGCCCUCUCCCUGCACAGACUCCUCCUGAGGAGGGGCCCUCCUCCUCCGACUGCCUCCCGCGCGGACCUGUAAAUACAGUGAGGUGGAGAUCUGGGGGGGAGGGGGCUACUUGAGAAAUGUGAGGCAGACAUGUACAGUGAAAGAAAGCGGGGUAGGGACUACUGGAGAUAUUUGUACAGAAGAAAAGGAUAUUUAUAUAUUUUCUUAAAACAGCAGAUUUGCUGCUUGUGCCAUAAAAGUUUGUA